AUGGAUAACUUUGUAAGAGAAAAACUUUUAGAGUGGAAUCUUUUAGAUAAAUUGAAGGAUAAAUUUGAUGAUGAGGGAAAAGUAAUUAAAGCUAGUUACGGAAAAAAAUUUUUGCGAUCGAAACUUUGCGAUCUUAUAAUUAAAAAUGAAUUAAAAGGUGAUUUUAACAAACGGAUUACAUCCGACAGAUUUCGGGCUUUGGCUAUUGAAAUUAAUGAUAUUUUUCUACAUGAACCACCGGAAUUAUAUUAUGUUUCAUAUGUACGAAAUGCCAAUGGAAAACCAAAAGCUGCCAGAGGAAAACUGUGGUCUACGUAUUGCUACUUAAGAAAAACAUAUAAGCAAUUAAAUUUAAUAUCACAGCCUAGCACAUCAACAAGUAAAUUAAAUACAGAAGUAGAAGAAGACUGUGAAGAACAUAUUCAAUGGCUCAAAAAUAAUUCUUUGCCAUUUCCUAUAGUCAUAGAAAAGUGGAAAGCGACAACCAACUACAGAAUUGCCCAAUUUCCAGAAUCAAUUGAUCACUAUUUAAAUACAUAUAAGUGCCUACGAUCUCAGACAGGUUUUCUUUUAUUGGAAAAUAUUAAUGACCUCGAACCAGAGUUAUCUUUAAGGGCUAGUAAAUACGCCAAUUACAAACUGACUUCCCAACCAAUUCCAGUUAUAAUUGGUGAGUCUCUGUCUAAUAUAGAGGGAUGUUACGUGUGUUUUAAUGAUAUCAGAUAUCGAGUGGAUACGCCUUUAAAAGCAGUCGAUUUAUGUUUUAAAGUUUAUCACACUCUAAAUGCAGAAUACCCAAAAGAAUGUGAUUCCGUUUGGAUGUUUAUUCAAACUUAUAUUUAUGAAAUAAAAACAGAGUAUGACAGAAAAUAUGUUGCCACAUCAUCUUUAAUGGCCGACAUUGAAAAGUUGAAAAGUGAAAAAAUAGAUUAG